CCAAUGUUUAGUGCUUAUAUAUAUGGUUUUGCAUUUUCCUCUUCUUUCUCGGAAAAUUCAAAGCUUUGCUGAAGUAAGUUCCAGAGCUAAGAUUAAGAAAACCAUGUCAUCACCAGGGGUGCAGCUGUAUAUUCAAGAUCACUACGUGUUGAUGGAUAAUGGAAUAAUACAAGUGACGAUAUCGAGUCCUGAUGGAAUUGUCACCGGGAUACAGUAUAAUGGCAUCGACAACUUGCUUGAAGUUGAGGAUGAGGAAGUUCAUAGAGGGUAUUGGGAUCUAGUUUGGAGUAAAACAGGAAGUACAGGGACAACAGGAACAUUCGAUGUGUUUAAAGGAACAAGUUUUAAGGUUGUAGUAGAAACCGAGGAUCAAGUUGAGGUCUCAUUCACUAGAACGUGGGAUAUCUCUCUCGAGGGCGAUGUUGUGCCUUUGAAUUUAGACAAACGGUUCAUAAUGCUUCGAAAUUCGCCGGGAUUCUACUCGUACGCCGUUUUCGAACACUUAGAGGAAUGGCCUCCAUUCAAUCUUCCGCAAGUCAGAAUUGUAUUCAAGCUCAGAAAAGACAAAUUUCAUUACAUGGCCGUAGCAGACAACAGGCAAAGAUUCAUGCCCCUGCCGGAAGACCGGUUACUAGACAGAGGUCAACCUCUGGCAACCCCGGAAGCUGUCCUGCUUGUCAAUCCGGUGGAGCCGGAGUUCAAGGGAGAGGUUGACGACAAAUACCAAUAUUCAUCUGAGAACAAAGAUCUAAAAGUUCAUGGGUGGAUAUCAUUGAACCCCCCUGUGGGAUUUUGGCAAAUUACUCCCAGCAGUGAAUUCAGGUCUGGUGGACCUAUCAAACAGAACCUGACAUCCCAUGUUGGUCCCUAUUGUCUUGCAAUGUUUCUCAGUGCUCACUAUGCUGGAGAAGAUUUAGUGCUGAAGCUCAAUCCAGGAGAGCCAUGGAAAAAGGUUUUUGGACCAGUUUUCUUGUAUCUGAACUCUGUCUCAAGUGAAGACAAUGCCUUUUCCCUUUGGGAAGAUGCUAAAGACCAGAUGCUAAGGGAAACCCAGAACUGGCCCUACAGUUUUCCAGCAUCAGAGGAUUUUCCAAAACCAGAUCAACGGGGUAAAGUAUGCGGCAGAUUAGAAGUUCAAGACAGGUAUGUUAGCUAUGAACCCAUCCCAGCAAAUGGUGCUUAUAUAGGCAUGGCACCACUGGGCGAUGUCGGCUCGUGGCAAAGGGAAUGCAAGGGUUAUCAGUUCUGGACCAGAGCAGAUGAAGAUGGCAACUUCACAAUUGAUAAAAUAAGGACUGGGGAAUACAAUAUUUGUGCAUGGGUCCCUGGUUUUAUUGGAGAUUAUAAAUAUGAUGUUGUGGUUAACAUUACAGAAGGCUGUGACAUUAGUCUGGGUGAUCUGAUAUAUGAGCCUCUGAGAAACGGUCCUACGUUAUGGGAAAUAGGCAUCCCGGACCGUACGGCAGCCGAGUUUUACAUUCCGGAUCCUGAUCCCAAGUACAUUAAUAAACUUUAUGUCAACCAUCCUGACAGGUAUAGACAGUAUGGGUUGUGGGAAAGAUAUGCUGAUCUUUAUCCAGAUGGAGACUUGGUUUUCACGGUUGGAAUCAGUGACUACAAAAAUGAUUGGUUCUUUGCCCAAGUUAACAGGAAGAGAGAAGACGGUACAUAUCAAGGAACUACAUGGCAGAUCAAGUUCCUGCUCAGAGAUGUUGAUCAUACCGGAACUUAUACAUUGCGGCUGGCUCUAGCAACUGCUCAUCUUGCUGAAUUGCAGGUUCGGGUCAACGAUCCGAAAUCAGACCCUCCUCUGUUCACAACUGGAGAAAUCGGGCAUGACAACACAAUUGCAAGGCAUGGAAUUCAUGGUCUCUACCGACUUUACAACAUAGAUGUGGCUGGAGUUGAGCUUGUUGAAGGGGAAAAUAUCAUUUUUCUCACACAAGCAAUGAACACUGACCCUCUUCAGGGGAUCAUGUAUGACUAUAUAAGGCUUGAAUGUCCCCCUACAACUUCCAGUUAAAGAUUAUGAAUUAUAGCUUUAGAUC